UAUUCCUCAUGCAGAUACAUAUUUUGUUAGAUUUCACUAAUGCGAAUAUUUUGUUCUUAAUUUCAAAUUCCAUUUGUUCACUGCUGGUAUAUAGGAAAUCAAUUGUCUUUUGUAUAUUAACCUUGUAUCCUACAGCCUUGCUAUAAUUGCUUAUUAGUUCCAAGAGAUUCUUUUUUUUCCCAAUUCUUUCAGACUUUCUACAUAGGUGAUCAUGUCGUCUGUGAUCAGACACUUUUAUUUCUUCCUUUCCAUGCCUAUAUUUAAACAUUCCUUUCAGAUAUGAGCUUAAUAACCUCUGACCUUGAGCAGUGUUUUUCACACUUCAAGUCUUUACACAAUAAUAUGAUAUAAAAUCAGUUUAGUGGGCUGCAGUAAUUAUCUUAAUGAAAAAGAAUAGAAUGGAAUAAAAAUCUCAGAAUUCAUCAUGUAUAGUAAGAAUAGUAUUUUUGUCUGACACUUCCUUUAGUUAUGUGGAUAUAUGUGCUUACUCAAUCUUGAUAUAAAACAUACUUUUAAGAAAACAAAACAAAAAAACCAUAUUUUUAAACUGUAGGUCAUGAUAAAAAUGAGAAACCCAAAUCUCGUGGGCCAUCUUUGAAAAAGUUUUGUAGCCUCUAUGCCAACUCUUUCAGUGCCUAGCCAUCUGUUAUAUCAUUGAUUUGUUGGUCACUUGUCAGAUAUUUAUUGAAUGUCUGAACUGAGUAUAUUCAUAGUGACAGAAAAGGCUAAGCUUCUUCCGUCAUGGAGUUUACAUUAUGGUGGGAAGAGACAGAUAAAUAACUAGAGUGUGAAAACUGUAUGGCACAGUAGAGGAUAAUUUAAAUAUGUGAGGGCUUGAGUGAUUUGAGGAGGGGACAUUUGAACUAAGAUUUGAUGGGUGAAAAGGAUCCAGUCAAGUGAAGAACCACAGAAAGAAUUACCUCUUUAAAAAGAAAGUUAUUGCACGGCGGCAGCUCCAGAGCAGAGUACGAACUGCGGCGGCCGGAGUCAUGGCAGGGCAGGCGUUUAGAAAGUUUCUUCCCCUCUUUGACCGAGUUUUAGUUGAAAGGAGUGCAGCUGAAACUGUAACCAUAGGAGGUAUUAUGCUUCCAGAAAAAUCUCAAGAAAAAGUGUCGCAAGCAACAGUAGUAGCUGUUGGAUCAAGCUCUAAAGGAAAGGGUGGAGAGAUUCAACCAGUUAGUUCAGUUAGUGUGGAAGUUGGAGAUAAAGUUCUUCUCCCAGAAUAUGGAGGCACCAAAGUAGUUCUAGAUGAUAAGGAUUAUUUCUUAUUUAGAGAUGGUGACAUUAUCGGAAAGUAUGUGGACUGAAAUCAUUAUUAAAAUGGCAUGGAAGUGAAGCUGCCCAUUCCAGUGAAGUUGUGAAAUCUUUCAUCAUGUAAAUAAUUUUCAUGUCUCUCUUUUAUAAUAAACUAAUGGUAUCCAAAAAAAAUAAAAAAGGAAAAGAAAAAAAGUGGGGCGCCUGGGUGGCUCAGUCGUUAAGCGUGGGAUUGAGCCCCAUGUUGGGCUCCCUGCUCGGCGGGAAGCCUGCUUCUCCCUCUCCCACUCGCCCCUGCUGUGUGCCCUCUCUCACUGUGUCUCUCUCUGUCAAAUAAAUAAAUAAAAUCUUAAAAAAAAAAAUAUUUGUUGAAAGUUUGAACCAAAUGAAAAACUAAACACCACCUUUUAAAAAAGUCCGGGUACUUGAAUUCUAAGCCUCAUUUGUCACUGUCUGCGACUCCUGGUAAAUUUAAACAUUCUUUCCUAAUUCAUUUUCAUAAUCUAUACAAAAGAUAAAAGAAUAGUAUCUAUUUCUACUUCACAAGGAUGUCAGAAAAAUAAGGGAGAAGGAAAUAUAACACAAUGCUUUAAAAACAAAAUCUCUGAAAUCAAAAUGUCUAGGUGCAAUUCUUGGCUCUGUUACCUAUUAGCUGUGUGACCAUGGGCAAUUCAUUAAUUUGUCAGUUUUCUCAACUGUAAAAUAGGGGUGAUAAUACUUAACUCAUACAAUAAUUAUGGAGAGUAAAUGAAGAAAAUCCAUGUUAAAUCACUUAGAAUCCUGCUUGAUAAGCAGUAAAUGCUCAAUAAACAUUCAAUGAUAAUUACUUACAUAUGUAAAAUUCACACAUAGGUAAAGUAACUGGUUUUAAAAAUCUACUUGGCAGACAGAUCAUUUAAAUCUCAAGUAUUCUGAAUUUAAAAUCAAUACACUGGAACAAGAUAGAGCUAUAUACAUUCUCCAUAAUUUUUAGAGCCUAAAAUAAUUAGGAAACAAAGUUUAUCACAAAUAAAAUACAGCAUCAACAAAAUAACUUUUUUUUUAAGAGAGGGAGAGAGAGAAUCUUCAGCAGGCUCCACACCCAGCACUGAGCCCAACACUGGGCUCGAUCUCACGACCCUGAGAUUGUGACCUAAGAUGAAAUCAAGAGUCUGAUGCUUAACCAACUGAACCACCCAGGCGUCCCCAAAAUAACUUUCUUUUUAUUUAUUUAUUUUUAAAGAUUUUAUUUAUUUAUUUGACACAGAGAGACACAGAGAG